UCAUCGCUCGACGGCUGCUGUCACCCUCUCCGUUCGUCCAUGGAAGCCGCGGCCGAAACCCAACGCGUCCAAACCCUCGUGGAGGCCGGCGUCGCCCACCUCCCUGCCCGAUACGUCCAGCCGCCGGAUCUCCGCCCGCACCUCAGCCGCCGUCGCGAUGCCACGGCGGAUUGCGGCGGCAUUCCCGUCGUCGACCUCGGCCCCUCCGGCGACGACCCCGUCCCGGCGAUCGGCCGCGCUUGCCGAGAGUGGGGCGCUUUCCAGGUGGUGAACCAUGGCGUUCGCCGGGGGCUCCUGGAGGAGGUCAGGGCCAUGGGGUCUUCCUUCUUCCGCUCCCCCAUGGAGGCCAAGCUCCGGUUCGCGUGCGACCCCCGGUCGCCGGCCUCCGAGGGUUAUGGGAGCCGCAUGCUCGCGAAGGACGAUGGGGUGCUCGAUUGGAGAGAUUACUUCGACCAUCACGCGCUGCCGGAGUCUCGCCGCAACCCUAGCCGGUGGCCGGAUUUCCCAUCCAAUUACAGGGAUGUUGUGAUAGAAUAUAGCAACAACAUGAAGAAGCUUGCUCAAACAUUGUUAUGUAUGAUCUCCCAAAGUCUUGGGUUACCACCACUGUACAUUGAAGAAGCAGUUGGAGAAGUUUAUCAGAACAUAACUAUUAGCUACUACCCCCCUUGUCCUCAGCCAGAUCUUGCUCUUGGUUUGCAAUCCCAUUCUGAUAUGGGUGCCAUAACACUUCUAAUACAAGAUGAUGUGGAAGGUCUUGAGGUACUGAAAGAUGGGGAAUGGGUGCAAGUACAGCCUUUAUCUGAUGCAGUUGUUGUCAUUUUGGCUGAUCAAACUGAGGUGAUAAGUAACGGUGAAUAUAAGAGUGCUGUGCAUCGAGCUGUUGUCAAUGCCCAUCAUCCCCGGUUAUCUGUUGCCACAUUUUAUGAUCCAUGUAAGACCAGGAAAAUAUAUCCUGCUAUGCAGCUAAUCACCAAGCAGUCUCCACUAAAGUACCGAGAGGUUCUUUAUGGGGACUAUGUCUCGUCAUGGUACAGCAAAGGUCCAGAAGGCAAGCGCAAUAUUGAUGCUCUUUUAAUUAACCAGUAAUGCAUCAUUCUUAUAUUGUGAUUGGUCUAUGAACUCCUAAGCUCGCCCAAGUUGAGAUGUGCUCUGUAAUGAAAACAUGUAUGCCAAUAAGGAUUCUUGGUGGAAGAUGUCUAUCAAGAUUAUAGCCUUGAACAAAAAGGUACGUAACUUUGAAAGCAACAAGAAAAAGGAUUGUGAAUAGGUAUGAUUUUUGUCUCAUUUCACACAUAACUGCAUCUUUUGGUGUUGGAAAUUUAUCUGUAUAAAUCAGCAAGCAUUCUAUGGAAGGUUUAGAUUAUGGGAUUUGACUUAUCA